CGACAGCUGAAUUAGAAAUAUUUAAGACAUUUGUCUAAUUUCAACCAUUACAUACUUCACGUACACGCUUGCACUACAUAUAUCUUGCAAAUAUAUACACAAGUUCCUGAAAUAUUGUGUCCACUUAUAAAACAGUUCCCACCGUCGCUAUGGGCGCCACACAAACGACCUUCUGCAACGAGGCGGCCAUCCCGAUAAGCACGGGCUUAUCGGUCGGCGUCACGUACUACUUCACCGCGACGCUCAUCCCCAAUUGGUGCGUCACCUAUGACGUGGGUCGCGUCUGGUUCACCGCGUUCGCGCAUAUCCCCUCCCUCUACGACCCGCCCCUCAGAUUUAACCAGCUUUACUUCCUCACCAACGAAACGACCGCGGUCGGCGCGCAGUUUACUUACGGUCCGCUUACCUUCCGCAAGCACCCGUUUUGAAGUACAUACACCUCUCGAAGGAAGACGCCACGUAUCUCAUGGCCGCAGGCGAGGGUUUUGUUAAGAAUAAUUCCCGGGACGUGCCCAGAGCCAUAUAUGCCGCGUCGGCCAGUGUGUAUACAGCCUCGAUGGGCUAUUAUGCCGGAAAAAGUCACAAAAUCCAUGUCUCUGGUGGUCCCACGCGGGUUAUAACAUCAAUUGACGAUUAUAACAUUCUCGUGCAUAUUUUACCUUUUAGGCAAAAAUUUGAACCGUUUGUGAUGCAUAUUGAUUGAUUGUUAAGCUGUGUGUGCAAAGGUUUCAUCGGGUUUUUCCAUUUCGUAAUUUUGUAUAUUAUUUUCGAAUUAAAUGCCCACCUUUGAAAUGGCAUUGGUUCCAUAACUCGUCAACCCAUUGGCCUUUGUUUCGACUUGUUUCAUCCACUUUACAAAUUAUUUCGAUAUGUAUAUAUACAUUUCGAUGUGUAUAUAUUAUUGAAUUAUUUCUAACUGACAGAAAACAAUUUGUUUACAUGAAAUGUAAUAAUAGAUGCUGUUCUUCUGAUACGUUACCGACAAAUAUGGGUGUGGCUCAAGGUCUAUGUUUAAGCUGUCUUUUGUUUCUCAUAAUGAUGAAUGACCUGCCACUAUGUAUUUGUAAUUCUUUGUGUAUAAAAUUUGUGGACGAUACGGGAAUUUUAAUCUCUGGUGAAAUUGGUAAUAUUUCUGAAACUGUUAGCAAACUUGAAUCUGAUUUAUUAAAUAUAUGUAAUUGGAUGAAAAGUAGCAGGCUUGAACUGAAUAAUGAUAAAUGUGAAAUGAUGGUCAUUGCUGCAAAAAAACAUAUCCAAUAUGUUCAGGAUAUUAGUGUUAAACUGGAUGGUGUACCCAUGAAAAGAGUUAAUUUUAUAAAAAUUCUCGGUAUUAUAAUUGAUAACGAUUUAAAAUUUAAUUUACAAUGUGAUAAGGUAGCGGAGAAAUGUAACUUUGCGUUAUGGUCGCUAUAUUCAUUAAAGGGAGUCCUCGAUGUAAGACAUAAAAUAAUGGUGGUGCAAGCCUUAAUUUUACCUAUUAUAAUGUAUUGUUGUCCGAUUUGGUUAGUUGGGAGUAGCAACUUAAAAUGUAUUAAUAAUAUUUUACGAAGAUGUGCCAGGUUUGUGUAUGGUAAAUCUAAAUUUGACAGCAUUUCUGAUGAAAUCAUUGUAGAUCUCGAGUGGUUAAAUGCAAAUUGUUGUAAGUUUGAAAUGAGUAAAAUUGCCUUUAAUAUGUAUAAUAAUAUCGGACCGGGAAUUUUCCGGGACUAUAUUUGUCAAGAGAAAAGAAUAGUAAGGGCAACAAGAACUGUAACGUAUUCUGAGCCUAACAUUAUAUGUAAUGGAUUAAUGAGAAAGUCAUUUCAAUAUAGGGCGUCAAAAACGGUACUGAAUUUACCGGUACGAAUCACUGAAAAGUUAAGAAAUCUAAGUAUAAUUGAAUUUAAACGACUAGUUAAAUGUGAGCUUGUUCAUGAACAAUGUACCGAGAGAAUGGUGGAAUUAUUUGAUAUUUUAGACGAUCAUGAUGCACUUGGAUAAAUUGUAUUAUUUAUUUUCUUAAAUCUAGUGUAAUGACAAAUUUUUUACCUUGAGGCGUAAUAACCCAGCAUUGGGGUGUCUCAUUGAAAUAAAUAAAUCAAAUAAAUCAAAUAUACAUAUGUCUGCACAUCCGUUUCGAUAUUUUCGUCGCAUACUUAUUUAUGUACGGAAUAUAACCUAAAUUACCUAAAUAUUGUAUAACCUAAAUAAACAUAGGAGUAUUGGAGUUUUAUUUAUGCAGAAUAAAUAUAUCUAAAAAAUUGUUUCGUGAAUAAUUACGGUUGAAAUUAAUCCAGAAAUAAAAGAAAAUAUCACAAUUGAUGAGUAAGUAUAUUUUUAUGUGUUGGUAAUUAAUAAAUAAAAUGUUGUUCCAUAAAAUGAGUGUAUAUUGUCAAGCAAGCCAAGUUAGUGUGUUAUAACCAGACGUCGGAUAUGAAUGAUCGAUAAAACCUCAAAAUAUGAAUGACAAAUGACCGUAGAAAUCCCCAAAAUAUGAACAUAAAAAUGACUUCAUUUUUUUAAUUUUUGGUUGCAUUUUUUGAUACAUUUUCUUGUGAUACUCAAUUUUUAUCAAGAAAACAAUUUCUGGGGUGAUUUAAUUCAUUCCCAGUGAAUUAAUCACAUUAGGCGAAAGUGAGUGUAAAUUUCUGCAAGUUUCUCACAUUGAAUCAUUGUGAGAAAACUGAAUUUUUUGUCAUUUUCUGUCGAUUUGGUUGCAAAAUCUUAGAAUUUGAUCAAAAAUGAUAAAAUGAACGAAAAAAGCCCGAAAUAUGAUCGGGAAUAUGAAUAUGUCCCAAAACCCGAAAAUAUGACAAAUAUGAGAAAAUAUGCUUUGACCUGCGUGACCUACUAGUGACCGUAAACAUUCUGUGAAAGUUUGGCGACUGUAGGUCAAUAAAUGGGAAAAGUCAUUUUUCAUUCAUAUCCGACGUAUGGUUAUAACUUGUAAACCAGUCUAAUCGACUGAAUGUGGCUAACACUUGAAGAAAGGUAAAUUGAAUUGAGCAACUUUGUUCAUCUUGUCGGGAACCCAUUCAAGAAUAACUACUCGUAGGAAUAAAGAAUAAAUUAUUUCUGCUAAAAAUUGAAUUCAAGAGGAUACUGGGAUCUGGAUAAAACAAAAAUUGGUAAAGUUAUCAAUUUAUUUCCGAAACAGUUUCAAACUUUGACAUCUUCUGAGAUUCGCCAAUCAAAAGGAAUGAGCAAGUUCGAAGGCAUAAUCUUCAAUUUACUGUAGUAUUGAGAAUCAAUGCAUUGCUAACAACUUGUGCCGUCUGUGAUAAGUAUUAAGAGCAAAAAUAAGAUACGUAUCGUUCGAUAAGUAUUUACAGAAAUAUACAGAUCGAUAUGUUUAGUUCAAAAAUAAAAUGUUUAACAUGCAAAUCCGAUUUACAUACAAGCAUCAUAUACUUAAAACAUGCAACAAGAACCAUGGAGUGAGUAACAAAGUGAAAUCUCAACUCAGGAUCCUCCUCCUCAGCUUAUACAUAAAUCAUUUCAGGAUAUUAAUGUGAAUCCAGAUCCAGAUAUGAGCAAUCAACAUACAUUUAAAGUUGUAUAUAAAAUAACUGAAUGUAUGUACAAUCCAUGUAAAUAUCUAUGUACAUAUUUACUUAUACGGGUUAAACCAGUCCUACUCAUUCUCUCACCCUGAACAGCUGAAUUGUUAAUAAAUAUUCUAAUUUUGCAAAUCGUUUACAACCUUUGCUUGCACAAUUACUUGUUUACAUAUAAUAAUAAAUUCCUGAAGUAUUGUACACAUGCAGACGUGAAACAAAUAGGUAAACAUGUGUAUUAUCCAAAUAUAUUUACCUAUGUAUAUGCACAUGCGCGGUUAAAAAUGCACUACAAAUUCGCGAACACGCGGAACUGCUGCCGGAAUCACAGACUCCACUUGAAAAUGUAGCGUUUUCGCGGACUUGGGACGCCCCUACCUUGCUAAAUUUUUCGCAUCUGUGCAAGUUCCGGACUAAAUGUUGUUCAUAAAGAGUUGCUAUUUUAAACAAACAUGGUCAAAAAAUAAUAUGGGUUGAACAUGGUUUGGUUCCCCCAUUGUCAGUAGAAUUUACUCUUUAACUUUACUCUUUAAUUUACUCUCAAGUCAACUUUAACCUGAAUUUAGGAUAGUUUACUUGAUUUAAAAUUGAGACUAUUCACUUUUUAAAAGGGCUACAAAUUUUUAAGUGUAUCCUUAAAAUGGGCGCCACACAAACGACCUUCUGCAACGAGGCGGCUGUCCCGAUAAGCACCGGCUUAUCGGUCUUGGUGACGUACUACUUCACCGAAACACUCCUCCCCGGACAGUGCAUAACUUAUCACGUAGGCCGUGUCUGGUUCACGGCGUUCGCGCACCUCAACUCUGGCUACGACCCUGACGGCGCACUCGAGCAAAUUUACUUCUUGACCAAUGAAACUACUGCGGUCGGAAGACACAUGGAGGCUCCUACAUACAUGAACGUCACCAAGGACGAGGCCAAAUACAUCCUCGAGGAAAGUGACGGUUUCGUCCGGGAUGAUCCUGAAACCGUGCUGAACUCCAUGAAUGCCGCGUGGAAUAGCGUGUACACACUCUGGAUGGGAUAUUAUGCCGGAAGUGAUCACACCAUCCGGGUCACGGGCGGACCGAAGAGGACGAUUCCGAAAAUUGACGGUUAUAAAAUGCACGUUCAUAUUUUACCUUUUAAAGAAAAAUUUGAAAAGUUUCAGUUACACAUUGUUUGAUUCUGACGGGGCUCAUAGAUACAAACCUGUUCAAAAGUUUAGUUUUCAUUCAAGAGUUAGUCAUCCCGAAUUCUAACGGAAGUUCCCAGUCAUUUCGUUUAAAUCCAGUUCGUUUCACUUCAUCGGACUUUAUUUCCUUCUUAGCCCCAUAUGUUAAGCAUAGGGUGAAAAAUUAAAUGAGUUAAAAAAUUUUCAUUUAUAAUAAUUCAUCUGAAAUGACGGAAUCUUUCCGUCAUUUUCAUUCAAAUGAACGGAAAUGCAUUUUAAUUCACUAGCAUUCACUAUCAGUCAAAUGAAUCAAGGCGAACAGGUAUGUAGGGGUGUUUUCUUUGCUAAUUGUCGUGUUCAUGAUUCGGUUUGGAUUUCGCCAGUGGCGAUAUUUACGUUACGUUAAUACCUAUAGAAAUACAUAAUGUAUAAGUGUUACUUAAUAAAAAAUUGUAAUAAACUGUAUGUAUCUACAAUA